AAACCAGCGGACUCAAUAAGCUGCAAAAGCCAUCGGCUGCACACAAGGUCUGAAAGGACGACCUGAAGCAGGAUCCACGGGGGAGAAAAAAAAUCCAUGAUCCCAACCUGCCAAACCCUGUUCCCUCGCUUUCAGCUGAAGUAUUUUGCAGUUGUCUUUUUGGUUAUAGCAACUGUAAGUGGGGGAAUGGGAGCUGAUGCUGAGCCAGAACGUAACACAGCUCUUGAAGCUAGCAUAUUGCAAAAGGGCACAGUGGAUGAAGUAAUCCAACAAUGCUCAGCUGGGAAGGGGCUGCAGCACUCUAAUAGUCUUCAGUCUGUGCUGCAGAUGAUCAGCUCCAGCGCCCUACGCUUGCUGUCUGGUACUACUUAGUAGCUUGGUUUAAUCCUUCCUACCCACAUCUUGAUUUAAAGCUCUGGAUACUAUUUUUCCCUGGAAUUGCUGCGGGUCUGUCCCUUACACAGCCGCUCGGUAACUGGUGAUUAGCCUGUCUUCAGCAAGCAUUUCUUCGUUGCACAAGGGACUUGGAUGCUCGGCACAAACCAACCCACUGGUAUUCACCAGCUGAGCAUGAGGUGGUGGGAGACCCAGAUAUUGAUGAGCUGAGAGACUUCUUGAAGCUCCACUAAUGCUAUCUGGUGUCCUCUGCUGGUAGUGUUAACCUCGGAGCUGGCUCUGUCAAGAGAUGAUUAUCUGUCUGCUGGACCUUUUCCUUUGGGGAAGUGCCCGGAAUGUUUUGCAACAUGGACAAAAUGUGAGGAUUGAAGCUUAUGGAGGUGGGUCCCUGGGAUGCUGGGACUGUGAACCCUGCUAAGGUUCAGUGGCAAAUAUGAACAUUUGUCAACAUCUGACAACAACUCCUUGGGACAUCAUGAAUUUGCUGGAAUCUAGACCACUGAGCACUUACAAUAGUGUUUUUUAAAUCUGAAUUUAAUUUAAAUGAAAGAAAAAUAAUAAUCUGGAUCAAUUGUAGUGAUGGCUAGCAAAAGAAAAUCCACAACUCCCUGCAUGAUACCAGUAAAAACACUGGUGCUUCAGGAGACUGAACUGGAUGCUGUAGAAGAUGAUCGUGAAGGAACGCAGCAAGAUGCUCCUGCGGAAGGGCCAGCAGCUAGUGAUGCUGGUGCCAAUAACAGUAAUAAUGGAGCUUUGUCUAAUGGGCACCGCGGUAUUGCUGAUGGUGACACUUAUAUCUGCAAGUCUUGUGACUUUGGAUCUCAAGACAUUCAUCACUUCUUUGGGCACUUGGACUCUGAGCACUUAGACUUUAGCAAAGACCCUGCCUUUGCAUGUGUUGCUUGCAACUUUCUGGCAAAUAGCCAUGAAGGGCUCUCGCACCACAAUGCAGAGUCGCACGCUGGUGAAACAAGCUUCAUCUGGAGAGUGGCUAAGCAGGACAAUCGUACAACUGUGGAGCAAAGUCUCUGUGAGGCUGCCAGCAGCCACGAUCUUCCAGGAGAGGUCCCUGAAGAAGGGGUGGAUGGCCAGUCUGAAAUUAUCAUUACCAAAACCCCCAUCAUGAAGAUAAUGAAAGGUAAACCAGAGGCCAAAAAAAUCCACACGCUGAAGGAGAAUGUGUCAAGUCAGUUGGGCAGUGAGCCGGAGGUGAAAGAUGGAGAGCAUUCAUUCCCAAACGGGUCUGUGCCAGUCAGCCAGCCCACUGCAAGUUCGACAAAAUCAUCUCAUAUAGUGAAUGGCUCCAUCAUAGGAAAUGUGCCUGUUCUACAGGCGGGUGUUGCACAACUUGUGUCACUGCAGCAGCAACCCCCAUUGCAUCAGCAGCUACCUACGUCCAAGUCCCUUCCCAAGGUGAUGAUCCCCCUGAGCAGCAUUCCAACAUACAACGCCGCCAUGGACUCCAACAGCUUCCUCAAAAACUCUUUCCACAAGUUCCCCUACCCCACCAAAGCUGAGCUCUGCUACUUGACUGUGGUGACAAAGUACCCAGAAGAGCAGCUGAAGAUUUGGUUCACUGCCCAGAGGUUGAAGCAGGGCAUCAGCUGGUCACCGGAGGAGAUUGAAGAUGCCAGGAAGAAGAUGUUCAACACUGUUAUUCAGUCCGUGCCACAACCCACCAUUACAGUUUUGAACACGCCGCUGGUUGCGAAUCCUGGGACCGUCCCCCAUCUUAUUCAGGCGACUUUACCAGGCCAUGUGGUGGGGCAGCCGGAGGGGACGGGGGGUCUGCUGGUCACGCAGCCCAUCAUGGCAAAUGGGUUAAAGGGCACCAGCUCCUCCUUCACCUUGGCGGUGACUUCUGUCCCCAAGCCGCAGCCGGCAGCGCAGCAUGGCACAGUGAGCUCCAGCAACACGUCGGGGGUGAAGGUGGUCAACAGCGGCCAGUCGCUGCUCACCGCCUGCCCAGCAAUCUCCUCGCAGACCUUCCUGGAUCCCAACGUGUACAAAAACAAGAAGUCCCAUGAGCAGCUCUUGGCCUUGAAAGGCAGCUUCUGCAGAAACCAGUUCCCUGGUCAGGCUGAAGUUGAGCGGCUGACAAAAAUCACGGGACUUUCCACCAAGGAGAUUCGAAAAUGGUUCAGUGAUAGGAGGUACCACUACAGGAACGUGAGAGGCGGCCGGGCCGUUUUCCCUGGAGACAGCGCUCUUGAUUCCCUGCCUGAAAUAACCUUCGACGUCUCGGCCAGGGGAGCUGAGCUGAGCCCCGCGGCAGCAGCGCCCACACCAGCCCCUCACCACCCACCGCGGCGGCAGUCAUGGCAUCAGGCGCCCGACUUCACACCAACGAAGUACAAAGAGCGGGCACCAGAGCAGCUGAAGGCCCUGGAGAGCAGUUUUGCCCAAAAUCCCCUUCCUGCAGAAGAAGAGGUGAACCGCCUGAGAGGGGAAACAAAGAUGACGCGGAGGGAGAUUGAUAGCUGGUUCUCGGAGAGAAGGAAGAAGAAGGUGGCAGAGGAAAAUAAGAAAGUGGAGGAGGCGGCUCGGCAGGAGGAGGAGGCGGAAAAUGGUGGUGGGGAAGGGGAGGACUCCUCGGAUGAGCUGAGGGCCGCAAGUGAAAACGGCUCGGUCGAUGCCUCUGGCAACAACCCAAACUCAAUGGAGCGGAAAGUGAGUCCCAUCAAAAUCAACCUGAAGAAUCUGCGAGUAACUGAGUCCAAUGGCAAAAGUGAGUUACCAGGGGCUGGUGCAAACGAGAAAGGGGACGUCAGCUCCAGCCGGCCACCCACCCCUCCGAAAACCAAACUGAACUUUAAAAAAACAGCCCAGCAGCGGCAUCUGCUGAAGCAAAUGUUCGUGCAGACCCAGCGGCCCACGAACCAGGAGUACGACGCCAUCGUUUCCCAGACGGGUCUGCCACGGGCUGAGGUCAUUCGCUGGUUUGGGGACAGCCGGUAUGGCUACAAGAACGGGCAGCUGAAGUGGUAUGAGAACUACAGGCGGGGGGUUUUCCCCCCGGGGCUGGUGGAGGUCAGCCCCACCGGCCGGGAGGUGCUGGAGGACUACUAUGAGAAGCACAAGGGGCUGCGGGAGGAGGAUGUGCCCAGCCUCUGCGAGCGCUCCCACCUCAGCGCCCAGCAGCUCAAGGUGUGGUUUGCGGUCAAGGUGGAGGAGGAGAGCCGGGGCGCUGUCCCUGAGGAGGCCAGUGCUGGUGAGACGGUGGGAAGCCGGAAAGCGCCGUGUGAAGCUGGCUCGGAGGUGUCGGAGAGCAGCGAGUCGUGGGAGCCAGGUGGCCAGGAAGGCAGCGCCGGGACCCCCGACGCCCCCGGCCCACCGCCCGCCACCCGGCUCGAAACAGACUGAACUCAAACCACCAGCCCUGGAGGAUCUGCUCUUACCCUUGAGAAGAAAUUUUUGGUCUUUAAGAAACCCAUGGGCCGGCCUGAUCCAAACCUCAGGAGCAGAACGUGGUGAUAAAGCACUGCCAUAAAUAAGACCUUUGAGCACAGCACACAAGAGAGCGCGCGUGCAAAAACUGGGCACUUAGUGCAGAUUUCUCAGUGUCCCAGCCAAGGAGAUGGCUGAGAGCUGGCAGAGGCGGGGUCUUAGCUUGCACCCAGGAAAUAGGAUGCUCUUGUUUGCUUUCCAGUGGACAGACUUUCAGAUUUCAUAUUCAUAUACCAAUGCCUACAGCUGCCUAUACAAGCAUAACAAAUCUCAGACAUUGUGUAAACAAGGUCAUUGCUUAGAUAUGGACUAUCAUGGCACACUACUUUUUUCUUUUUUUUUCUUGGUUUUUUUUUUUUUUUAAUCUGCUGUCCGUUAAGGUGUUUGUUCUCUAAAGGUUGGCAUGGCUGCAUAUAUCCUCUCCGGCCUUUCUGGUCCUUGAGCCCUGGCAAUGAAGGGCUUUGCGGGCACACAAGUGUGUAUGUGUGUGUUAGGAGAAGUAUCCAAGAAGAAAACUGCCAGUCUUGCAUUAAAGUCCAGUGGGAGCUGAGUGAGAUUUUCAUCCCUAUGGUUGAGGUUAGAUAUUUAGCAUUGCAUGCUCUCCAAUAAGUAGCAGGUUCACAGACCCAUACAACCCGGGAGUUUGGUGUCAUUUGUCCCUUGCUGGCUAGAAUAUUUUCCCUGGUGCUCCUGGAGACUGACUGUAGCAGGCUAUUAAAUCUCCGAGUCUCCCUUUAAUCACUGAUAACUAGCACAUAAUAAUUUUUCCAUCCUGACCUGGAAUCCUUUUCAUUGUUCAGAGAGAACAAGCUGUUCUUCAGAGAACAAACGCAGAGAAUACACAGUGUUGCUCUGAGUGGUUCAAGUCAUUGUUGUCUCCAAGGGAUCGGCAAGGCAGCAGCUCUUCUACAAUCAGGAAGUUUCCCUCUCGCAGCCCUACAUGACAGAUCCUCCUUCAGCAGCGCUGGUAACUUCAAGUGUUUGCUCCAGUCUUUUUUUUUUUUUUUUCCUUGCCUUUUUCCCCACCCCCCCACCCCAGUCUAUCUGCAAUAGUUCUGGCAAAAUAGCAAAAUAAAUUUCCCAGUUAACCUUCCUGUUUCCCAGUACCUGUACAUUUUUAAUGUGCCCAUGUUGUCUUGGGUGUUUGCUGUAUGAUACAGCUACUUAAAAGUUUUUUUUACUGUUCUUUUCUAAUAGAAAACAAGAUCUAGAAGGGAAACUCUUGAGCUGAAUAGCCCAGCCAAAUGCUGUGUCAGACCAUUCUGUCACAAACUAAACAAAUUCCAGCUCAAAAUUGGUUCCAUGUCUUGCCUUCACUUUUGCUCUUGGAAGGCUAUUCCAGAACUUUACUGCCUUUGAAUGGUUAGAAACUUUAUUUAAAUUUCUAGUUUGAAUUAAUUCAUGGCUGGUUCUUUCCUGGUUUGUUUUGGAGCCAACAUUGUCCUUUAACUUAAAUAGUUUUUGGUGUUUAUCCGCUGAUGUAUUUAUGGAGAGUAGUCAUAGCUCCUUAUUUUUGCCAAGCUAACUCAGCCAAGCUUUUUCAGUAGAAGGUUUUUAUUUAGUGAGAGCUUUUUAAUGUGGGAGACUUUAUUGUUGGUGGUAAAUGAUAUUUAUUAGAAGGGUGGGUAGCAAGCCCCAAAGGAUUGGAUCCAAAGAUUUACAAAAAAAUCUGGUUUAAAAACAAAAAAGCUCUUUCAGAACUUCUUCCAAAGAUGGUGUCUGAUUUCUACCUUCAAUUGCUCUUGCUUUUCCAAUUCUUUCUUCGUUCCCUCUAAGAGGCCACCUUGCUCAACUACUAGGAGGGGCUUUCUCUGCUCAGUGCUUUGCAAAAGAGAGGGCUUCCUCUCACCUGGCGGUAGGUGCCUGUGCCUGAGCUCACAUAGCUCCCCCGGCACACGGUCUAGCCCCCGUGGCCAAGUGUGAGCAACUGCUCCAGGAGGAGAUGACCUGCACCCUAAAGAGAGCCGGGGUGAUGUGCUCAGAUGCAGACACCCGCUCUGCCACAUCCCUUAGCAGUCAGACAAACCCUCCCCAAAAUGCUGCGAGCAGGGGUGGUGUCAGCCUGGAGCACGCUGCAGUGACACCAGGCUCCCUAAAUUUCUUUCUCUUUAGAAGCACUAUUUCUGGUCAUGCCGUGCUUGGAGGCAUAACCAGCAGCCGUCCCACCUCGGCCUGGGGUCGGCUCAGCUGGGCAGGUCCCCGUGGCUCCCCUCCGGGACAGCACAGGCAGCUGCACGGCGAGGACAGCCCCAGGGGUUCACCCUUGUGGGUGCAGUCGUGCACCCCCCGAAAUGUCACAGGUGACAAGAGAAUCUGGGUGGGCCUAGAGCUGGAGGUAGCCGAUCUGGGAGGUGUGUGGCCCGAGAGUAUGAGUGUAUGUAUGGUGUUACCUUCAGAGAACAAAUACAGGUAGGUCAAUUUACUCUCUAGUGUCUAUGUACAUGCAGGUUUAUUUAAGUACACAUAUAUACAGUUCAGAUAUGCCAUUGAUUCUUUAUUGCAUUAAGAUGUACAUGAAAAAUGUACAAUUUUACUAACUACUUGCUAUAUAAAUAUGUUGGAAGUGUAGUUUGCCCAUUCAAGGUGAUUUUCUGUGGGAUUUUUGGUGUACACUUAAAGGCCUAUGGCUAAUUGGAAGAGUGAUCCCCGCUCCAUCUGCCGAAUGCUUAAGGGCUAUGGUAUGAACUGGUCCCUUCAAACCAUUUUUCCAUGCACUCACUGAAAUUUUUUGCACUUGGAUUGUACUCGGCCAGUUUUCCAGAAUAAUUGAAAAGAGAAGUCUUGUGAGCUAGAGGGAGAAUUUCCCGGUGUACACAGAAAAACCAGCCUUGAGGGUUGGAAGCUGCUGAGGUUUUUGAGCUUUGUCUCCGUGCAUUCAUACAAGCACAGCAGGAGUUUUCUUUCUUUUGGGUUGGAGGAAUUGUAAAAAGUGGUUCCAUGCAGACUCCCCUCGGACACGGCGACGAGGCUGGCAAGCCCUGUUGUGUGGGGAGGGUAAGAUUUAGAGAGAAAAAAUCAAAAAGCAAUCAAGUUCUCUUUCUAACUCCUACAUUCCUUGUUAUCUGCAUUUUUUUAGUUGACUUGAAAUCUCCAUGAAAGUAAGUAUAAGCUGAAAAUUUUUGAGCUUUUAGCUCUGUGGUCCUCUGUUUCCCUAUUGCAUCAUUUUUGAAGCUGAGGAGAAGCAGGUGUCAUCUCCAAAUAGGCUCAGGUUUUGAUGCAGAACGUGAGAAAUGUGUUUGCAUCUGAAACUGAAAGGAAAACUUGAGAGGUGACUCCACAGUCCCAGCAGCUCUUCUAGUGUUAAGAGAAAGUGUCACCAUGAUUCUACACAGUGUGUGAAUAUUUAUCAUCAUCUAAUCAAAGAUGACUAUCUUGACUUGAAAGGAGGGGUGUAAGAUAGAGGUCGUGUAGCCAGCAUCAGUAAGGAAGGGAAGUCUCCAUCCGCUGUGUGUGAGCCUUGGCUUGACAGGAACAGCAGCAACCAUCAUUUUUAAUCCAUGUGAAUCUUGUUACUUAUGUCUCUGAGGC